CAACAGGAGUUUCUGUCGUUUUGUCUCGGCUGGGUGAGGUUGUAAGACUCGUUCAAGUUUUAAUUAUGAGUCUAUUUAAGUUCUGGCAAACAGUUAGGUUCAUGUAAGUGCACCAAAGAAGACAACUGGCCCAGUGCAGCUCCAACGCAAGACUGCGUCGUUCUCUGUCCAGACUUUUGAAACUCGUCGUCGGAUACAUUAAGUUAAAACGAUGGAUUAACAUACAAUGAAAAACAAAACGGAGAUGGACAAAGCUUAGUGUGUUCUCAUACAACAUAAGAGUAUGGCUACAGUGAAUCAACAGACAGAACUCCCUCUUCGAGUAGAGGACUGGACGAGAGAUCAAGUUCGUUACUGGCUGACUGAGGUGAUUAAAGUGGAUAAAAAACAUGCAGACAAGCUGUAUGAAGAAGAGGUAUCUGGAGAAGAACUGGUUUGUUACCAACCUGAACAUUUACAGGAACUUGGUAUAAAGCAUGGACCAGCUGUUAAGAUUAUCACACGGCUGGAGACACUAAAGAGGGAAAAAUCGAAAUCACAUUCUUCUGACCAUUUCCACACAGAGGCCAAGCUAGACACAACAGUGGAGAACAAAGACAGCAUUUCAACAAACCAAACACUAUUAUCAAAACAUGCUGAAAAGAGAAAAUCAAGUAAAACAGAAAAAAAUAGUAUAUCCAAUUCCAUGGAAAAUAUAACAAAUUUUAGAAAAGAAAGUGAACCAACAGAGUCAAAUGUCCCUAAAACAACAGAAAUUCCUGCUGAAAGAGAAAGUCACAUAAAGAUGGCCAGAUCCUUACAACACUCAUGUAGUCUCUAUCCAUUUGAUCAGAGCUCUGCUUCUCAUCGAUACAUUCAAAACUACACUUUCCCACCCGAGACUGGACCAGGUAAUCUGAUUGAUCCAGUUCAUGAGUAUAAGUUUAUGGGCAGAACAGAUGAUAUGAUCGUGAUGAAGAAAAAAUUCAAUAAAGAGGUGUUUCGCUUUGCUGCUGGCUGCAUGAACAGCCGCACUAACGGAACCAUCCACUUUGGUGUAGCUGACUCUAAAGAUUCACAAUAUAUUCAUGGAGAGAUCAUCGGGGUCAGUGUUGACAAGAAGGAUGCUAUCAUUGAUCACUUUAACCAGGGCAUUAAACAAUACUUUGAAGAACAUCCAGAAGAAGCAAAGGCGUGCAUCAGACAACCACGCUUUGUAGAAGUUCUCUGUCCUGACAGCACUCUAUCUGGAAAAUAUAUCAUAGAGGUGGAUGUUGUUCCAUCCCACAGCAUAGUUGAUGAAAAACUAUUUUAUAUCCAGACUCUUGAUGAAGAAAAUCAAUGGAAAAAGAGCAAAGGAAAAUCACUUUUCAUCAGAGAGGGAGCAUCAACUUGUGAUAUCUGUAAAAUUGGUAAUCCGAGAGAUCUGCAAUCUGAAUUAGCUCGACUAAAUACAAAAGUCAAAGUUCUGGACACGAGGAGAAAGGAGGCUGAAAAGAGACCCGAAAGCAAAGAAACGUCAAAUCAAGGGGAAAUUCUGAAAGAUUUGCUGACAUGUGGAGGAAACAGACUGGAUCAUUAUGAUAACUUCAUCAUUGUAACAAACAAAAGUCACCCUGAACAGCUCCAGCAUCUUCAGUUCAUGACAACCUUAAAAUUGUUCUGUGUGCUGGACUUUGAUCCAGAUUCUGUAGUAAAUGGAUUCUGCCACAACUACAGAGAUGUCCGAGUUGCAAACCUUCACACACCAAGUCAGUUUAAUGGGGAUCCAGGAACAAUUUUCAAAGAUUACAAUUUGGGCAAUCAAACAAGUUGGGUAUUCUGCAACGGCAGAAAAGACCUCAAUACAGAAUCUGACCGACCACUCAAACCAAGUGACUGGUUAAUACAUAAAGCAGGAGAAGUACAAAACAUGAUUUCGUUUCUCUGCAACCCAGACAAUCUUACUAGAGGACGAUUCUUAGUCAUAUUUCUCCUCCUCUCCACUGUCGAGGCCAUGAAUGACCCAAUGUUUGACACUUUCAUGUCAUUUUAUAAAAACCUUGGUGGUACAGAAAACAUAGCAACCAUUUGCACUUCAGUAGAUUCCUUUAAUAAAUGGAGAGAUUACAUUCAGACCAGAUGUGAACACGACAUCAGUCAGCAGAGUAUAUAUGAUCUGGAGCUCAGCGAAAUUAAUGGGACGAUACUGAAACUGGGACAGAACAAGCAAAACGCUCAGAGACUUCUUCCAUCUGCUGAGAGUAGUUCAGUGGUUCUGCUUAUGAAAGAUGAAGACCUCAUGACAUCCCUUGAUGUCCUCUGUGAGAAUGAAUGUGAAAAUAAAUAUGACGAGAGCUCUGCAGAAUUUGAAGAGUUCAAAAUUAAAACCGAGUCUGAGUUCUACAGGGGAGGCAAAGUCAAAUGGUGGAACUUUUACUUCUCAGAGCAACCUGCAGCAAAACCAUUCAUAAAACGAGACAAACACUCAAAACUACAGAACAAUAUUAAAUCUUUGACCAAAUAUACCAAAAGUACUUGUGCUAUGAUGAAUCUGUUUCAUCACCCCGGAUGCGGCGGCACCACCAUGGCCAUGCAUGUGAUGUGGAAUCUCAGAAAAGAGUUCAGAUGUGCUGUGUUAAAAGACAACACCGUUUCGAAGGACGAAGUGGCCAAACAUGUUGCUCAUUUGAUAAAGUGUGGAAAAAGUGAGCAAUCCUUAAAAACACCAGUCCUGCUAUUAGUGGACGAUUCAGAAGAAACAGAAAACACAGUUGAACUUCAGCACUCUUUGAGAAAAUUUACAAGAGAAACAGAAGCAUUUGUCAUCAUCUUAAACUGCAUACGUACAAAAACGCCAAAAGACAAACACCAGAAAAGUGUUGCUCAGAGCGAGUUUAUUACUGCAGAACUGUCUGACAAGGAAAAACAAGCUUUCGAAAUGAAGCUUAAAGAACUUCAAGAAAUAAAGUCUUUCACAACUGAGAACUUCUACAGUUUCAUGAUCAUGAAAACAAAUUUCGACCGCACGUAUGUUGAAAAUGUUGCAACUAACAUACUAAAAGAUUUUGGAGUUGAAAACAAACAAGGCCGCCUGUUCUGCAUGCUUGCUUUGCUAAAUUCAUAUGUGGAUGAACCAGCCGUCUCAAAAUCUAUAUGUGAAGAUUUUUUGGGCAUUAAAAUUGCACGUUGGGGAAGAGAAUCAGUGCUGGAGAAAAUGGAGCCCUACUCCUGUUUGCUGAUUGAAUUUGAGGCAGAAGAAUACGGAGGAUUCAAAGCAAUUCGCUUUGUUCAUCAAUAUCUUGCAACAGAAUGUGUGAAACAACUAGAGGAGACACAUAACUGCUCCAGGGCUGACACUGUGCUUGACAUGUUGCAUUGUGAUGUCUUUUUCAAAACAUUUGCAGUAAAGGAUGUUCUUGUUCAGUCAAUGAAAAGCAUGUUAAUCACUCGUCACCGCAAGACAGAAGGUGAUGAGAAAGAUACUCUGUUUUCACCUCUGAUAGAAGACAUAAACUUAGGAAAAGAUGGAUUGAAUAAAAUACAAGACAUUUUCAUUGCUGCUUCGGAAAGAUUUGAUAAAGAUUUCACAAUUCCUCAAGCUCUAGCAAGACACUUCUACCUGAAAGAGAAAAAUUUUGCUGAAGCUAAGAAGUGGGCAAACAGUGCAAAAGCCAUCAAAGAAAUUUCCUAUACUGUAGAUACAGUUGGACAAGUUGCGAAAAAUGAAUUAAAGCAUAAACUUGAAUGUAAAAAGAAACCAUGCACAGCUGAAGACUUGAGGGAUUAUCUUGAGUUAGCAAGCACAGCUACCAAAGCUUUCAGAAGAGCUCAGAGCUUGGCAAAGACAGAUGAUGUUCUUGAAAAUGAACAAAAACUUCACAGAAAGCUAAGCCCAUAUAAUAUAUCGGGCUACAUUGGUGAAAUUGACACAGCCAUGAUUGUUUUUGACAUCAUCAAAAAACUCCCAUUGUUUGAGAAAAAUGAUCCAAUGAAAGACCAUUACAUCCAGAGCUUCCUCAAAGGAAUAUUGCCCUGUUCAAAAAUCCCAAUUUCUAAAAGCAAAGCCAAUGAUACAUUUAUUGCUGUUCUUCAGGACUAUGAAUCUUUCCUUACAUCUUUAAAAUCACAGACAAAAGAGGCAUUUGAUUUUCUUGAAAUUUACUUCACCUACAUGAAAGAAAAGGGAACUAAUGACAUGAAAGAUGCAAAGACUCGCCAGAGGAUCUCAGAACACUAUCAAAAGUACAUCGCAUUAUUUUGUGCCUCUGCAGAGGACAAACAAAAAGAGCAAAAGCAGAAACCAAUGUUGAGUUUGAAUAUGGAGAUUGAAAACUGCAGAAUAUUUCUGGAGGAAAGCAGAGCAGAUACGUUUCCAGGUCUUCUCCAGUUUUUGGAGCCCAAAAAAGUGUCUGUAGAAAAGAUUGUCGAAAAAUACUCAUUUAUAAAUGACAAUUCGGCCAUCAAAACUACAAAGGAUAAAACGAAUCAUCUGCUUGCACAUAUUAUACUGAAUUUGACCUCACCAAAAUCAAAGUUAGCAAAAUCCCCAGGAAACCUCGAGGAGCUUUUACAUGAUAUCCUGCAAGAGGUCGGUACACAGCACCAAAACCCAGAUUCAUUUUAUCUUGCCAUACUCUUGCUCUGGCCAGGAAGAAACGUCGACAGCUCUGGCAUUAAAAUAUAUGUUGAUAAAAUCAGAAGCACAGCCAGAAAGAAGCUCUCUUAUUUGUACAGAACAAGGUCAACCAUUGCACACUUUUUCCUGGGAAAAUCUGAUGGAUUACAGAGGUUGGUGACAAAAGUUUCUCUCGACAGAUCCGAGAAUGUCAGUAAUGUGAAGAAUCGAAACAUACUCUGGCAAACAGGAGAAAUCUUUAAGGAAACCACAAUAUGUAGCAGGCUCCUCAGAGUGACCGGUACUAUUGAGCAAGGCGAGGUCUUCACAGAGUAUGGAAAUCUAAAGAUCUCAUUGCGUCCUGCAUUUCUUGGUGAUAUGAGAAGCGGCUACAGCACUGAGAAAGUGUCCUUCUACAUUGGCUUUGCCAUGGAUGGACCACUUGCUUAUGACAUUCAAUAUGAAGAUGACCGAUAGAUCAUGUUGUUUGACAAUCAAAAUAAAGAUGCUUUACUAUUUAUGUGCCUUGAGUUAAAUUCAAUUCAAUUCGUUUAUUUAUAUUGCGCUUGCACAAUGUAGAUUGUGUCAAAGUAGCUUAACAUAGUUCUAGUAAAGUCCAGAUUUCAGAGUUGAAGUUUAGUUUAGUAUGGUUUAAAUUUCACUGCUGAAAGUUCAAACACUGUAGAGCAAAUCCACCGAAGCGCAGCUUCACAAGUCCCGAUCCAAGCAAGCCAGUGGUGACAGUGGCGAGGAAAAAAAAAACUUAAUUGGAAAAAAAGUCUUUCCUUCUUGCUUCUUGCACUUCAUCAAACCUGGACACAUAUUACAUGAAGCCCGGGACACACCAAGUUUAUGCCAAAGAACUAGCAGAUAGUAAAACCAAUCAACCAACCAACCGAAAAGCUGCACAUGAACACCAAACCGACAACAGACGACUGAAACAAAAGCAUGCAUUGUGCACCCAUAUGCGUCUUUCACUGCUAAAUAACCAAAUCAAAUCAAAAGCAAAUCAAAGCCUUCUUUCACCGAUUCUACAUGCUGAAUCAGGCCAAUUCGCUCCAACAAUAACCCUUUGAGAGUUGAUGUGUGAAACAUCGAACAAACUAGCUUGACAGUCACUCACUGAUGACCUGACGCUGGCCCUACGGCUAUGUGUUUCUUGGCCUUAACAUAGGAGCUUCUGCACGAUUCAGCCAUGUUAAGUGUGCAACAGUCAUUUAAAAUAAAUAAAUUGCCAAUGCUAACUAUUUCGCUAAAUCUGGUGGGCUUGAUGUCUUGUUUAACAAAUCAAGUGACAUUUUAGUACUGGUACAGCUUCAUUGAAACCUCAACCGAGGUGGUAUUGGGAAAAAGUAUGAGUUACUAGGAAUCCCCCUCAACCCCCAAAAGGGGUGGUACUCCAUUAUCUUUAUCAUGGAGUAGCAUAUGGUCAUAUACAAUGUAUGUGGAUCACAUUUUCUUGUUUUGGAUUUUUUUCAGACUGUUAAUCUUCUGAUUCAUUUCAAAUGUCAAACUGAGGCCCUGUUUACACUAAUAUGUUUUAGUUUUAAAACAGUGUUUUAAAAUAAAAAUGAUCCGCGUCCACACUGGCGUUUAACCUAGCAUUUCUGAACAAUUCUCCGUCCACACUACACUGCUGAAAAAGCACAUCACGUGACCAUCCACACAAACUCUGGCAUGCGCUGCAGAGUACACAGUAUAUGCGUCUGAGCUCCAGGCAGCCAGGGGGUGCUUUGUGGGCACCUCCCCAGGUGAGAGCAGCGCAGGUCGGAUAGUUCAUCAAGGAUCUUCCGCUGGAUUUCAUCUCACUAUAGUUGUUAACCGUGAUCUUUUAUCUUGUCUAUCGAAUGACUCUUUGGUCUUUUGAAUUUAUUGUUCUCAUGUUCAUGUGUUUUGGCAGAGCGCAAAGUAAUUUAAUAUAUUAGUUUGUGUAACCACGUACACUGAUUCUGCACAUUUGACUGAUUGCUUGCCUUUAUUUCCUAUAUUGUAUAAACUUAUUGUAUGUUAGGCAUGGGCCAGUAUAAGAUUCCAUGCCUAACUUUUAUAAUGGCCAUUAUUAAUUAUUAAAAUUGAUAUUCAGCAAAAGAUAUUCAUUCAUAUUUUUCAAUGAAAAUGAAAGACAGUAAUGUUGUAGGCUCCGUUUUGUUAUAAAUAUGCAUACAGUGAAGAUGACGCUCAUAUUAAUAUGUAGCUACACGAUGCCUUAACGUUUUUGGUGUCUGUUAAGUUGAUAAAAUUAAAAUGAAAAUAGAAAGUUCCUUAUAUUAUGUUUUCAUUUUAUUGAUAGAUAGUGAAACAAUGUAGCCUGGGUGAUGCAAUGUGUCCUUGGAGUUUGUUUUGUACAUCAAACUUGCGAAGUCUUAAUGUACAAGGAGAAGCUGCAAGACUGAACUUUGUGCACUAAUACUGAGGAAGAAGCCCCAAUCAAAUGUCUGCAGCCACGCCUUCGUUUUCAGAUGUGUUCGUUUUCCCCCAUCUAUACUGACCCGGAGCAGCAGCGUUUUAAAAUGAAAAUGGCCUCUUCAGCGUUUUCAAAACGCUUCGUUUUCAGCGCUCGAAAACUCUGGGGUAGUGCAGACCAAAGGCGUAAAUGUAGAAAAACGUAUGCAUUUUAAAACUAAAACGUAUUAAAUAGGGCCUGAGAUGCAAAGGUGACACCAGUUUAAAAAAAGUAUUCUUUUUCUGCAUUGUUUCUCAAUUGUUUCAGCUGUAAAUU